AUGGGGCACCGUGGACGUAUGCCGCACAACAACAUCAUGUCGAGCAGCGACACGCUCAAGAUGACGGGCAUCUGGAAGGACACGAUCGGAUAUGACCCGUACGCCGCCGAUGGCGAGGGCCAGGACCCAGGCCAGUCCGCGUCCUCAAUCGAGCGCGCCAAGGGCUUCAUGGCGCUGGCAAAACUCUCCAACAAGGCGAACGACACGCGCGGCUCGUGCAAGAAGUGCGGCGCCAUGGGCCAUUUGACCUUUCAGUGCAUGAACUUUCUCGACCAAAGCGCCAACCAAAAGAAGCUGGCGGCCGAGAGCAGCAGCGACGACGACUCGUCCUCGUCCUCCGAGAGCGAAAGUGAGAGCGACCGCGGCCGCCGUCGAUGUCGGCGAGACCGCAGCGUGAGUCCCCGUCGCGCGUCCAAGCGGCGCAGCCGCAGUCCCAAGGGCCGAAGCCGCAGCCCAAAGACUCGGAGUCGCAGCCCAAAGACUCGGAGUCGCAGCCCAAAGACUCGCAGUCGCAGCCGUAGUCCGCGCGGGAAGCGGUCAAAGGAGUCGAAGAAAUCGCCCAAGAAAUCGUCCAAGAAAUCGUCCAAGCACAAGCGCCGUAAGGAAAAGUCAUCAAAGAAGUCGUCGCGGUCGCACCGCGACUAG